AAAACCAUCUUGGCCUGCCUUCUUGUUCUUGCCAUUAGUGUGACAGUGUCCGACGCCGAUUGCUUCUUUCAGCCAUUGGAGGCAGAGGUGUCUGAUGGCAAGGCCGUAGGCUGCCAUGAUGGGAAUGGAGAGCUGCAUGAAUUUGGCUCCCACUGGAGGAAUGCAGACUGCUAUGACUGCUUCUGUUCUGGGGCGGGAAUCGAGUGCUGCUCGAGCUUUGUAAGACCAGUUAGCUACGAUGAAGAAAAGUGUGUAAGCAUUUUCAACAAGGACAUCUGCAUUUAUAAAGUAGUGGAGAAAGAUGAUCACUCAAAAGAAUGUCCAGUCAAGGAGUGGGUGGGCUAA